UUAUUUUCCGGGGCCGGUCGAAGUUAUGUUGUGGACGUAGUUCGGUUGUGGGAGGAUAUCAAUGAAUAACAUUGUCAACACUAAGGAUGUCUAAAUGUCUUGGUGACGAUCCUACUCUUUCAUUGAAACUAUCGGAAGUCAUGAGUGACAUAGGAAUAAGAGAAGAAAUAGUUCUUAAGAGAAAAAGAUCAUAUAUGUUGAUGGAAACUCUAAAUACAAUAACCUGUCUUAUCCAAGGCAAGAAAAUCACCACUUACAACUUAGGAAGUCAAUCAGAGGGAUCAACAACAAUAGGCCUUGACUCCGAUAUUGAUACUCUUUUCGGAUAUCAUGAUUUUAAUUUUAUUCUAGACUGGAAAGAAGCAAAGCCCGGAGCAGGAAAUGUUCUACUGGUUCAGGAUGAAACCACCGCUCCUGGUCAUUGUUAUUUACAAUGUGAAAAACCGAAUGUAAAUUUCGCAUACUUUAUAAUUAAAAAAUACUUUCAUUUAUAUGGGGAAAAUAAAUGGCUUUUGAAAAACACAUGUUUUGAUGAAGAUCUUAAUCUUAAAUACAAUCAAAAGAAUGGUCCAGCCCAUUCUUUUCAAGGAAAGGUUGCUUACAAUGACGUAGAUAACGUCAUAGCAUGGCAUUGCAAAUAUUGGCCGAGAGAAGCUCGACAAUGGCUGGUAAAUAAAGGCAAAGGUGAUUGGCCAACAGAAGAUAUAAGAAGAGAGUGUGAGGCAACUGGAUGUAUCAUUGUACCAGUGAGCAGCAACAACAGUCAGUACCAGGACCUAGAAUGGAGAAUAUCAACUUGUUUAGCUGAGAGAUGUCUGAUGUUCAGUUUAAAUAUCACACAAAUGAGAUGUUACGUUCUGAUGAAAAUGAUAUUCAGAAAAUUCACAGAACAAACUUCGAUGGUUAAACUUUCAAGUUACGUGUUAAAAACGGUUCUAUUCCAUUGUGUUAAAAAUUCUAAAUCCUGUGAGUGGACAGAAAACAAAUUGUUUGAUUGUUUGAAAAGAUGCCUUUCAUAUUUAGAAACUUGCAUCAGAAAACAAAAUUGUUCACAUUUUUUUAUUCCUGGAAAUAAUCUCUUCAGAGGGAAAAGUCCUACUUUUUAUAAAAGUGCUCUUGUAAGGAUACAAUAUUUAACAAACAGUAAUGGACAAUUUCUUCUCAAAAUCUCGCUUGAUCAGCUAAAUAGGAGGCUUAAUGAAAAGAUGACUGAAACGAUUUCUCCUGGUAUUCAACAAGCAGAAGCUAUAUCCGAAUUUAUAUCAGGAUUGCUCAUAAAUCAUAUUGCAGUUCAGCUAAAUAUUUGCCACUUACUUCAUUUACUAUUAGUCCAUAAUUUUGGUUGUUUACCGAUAGAAUUUGCACAAUAUGUGUUGACAGAAUUGAAUAAAAUAGCAAUCAAGAGUUCGGAAAAUUCUUUGCAUAGGUCAGUGUACAAACUUAUCGCGCCAUUUAUGUAUUCAUCGUUAGCAUCUGCUAUUGCAUCAAGAGAUAUUGAUCGCAUGAAAUAUAUAUCUCCAUAUACAUCAAUCUUGUUUAUGAUCGGUUCAUCUUCAGACGUGUCGUCGGGCAAAUUGAAGUUUGCUUCUGCUUUAUAUUGCUCGGGAGAUAUGUAUAAUGCACGGUGUUUACUCGAACACAUUGAACAGAAAUACGAUAAGUAUUCUAUAAAAACUGUGUGUUCCUGUACGGAGAAGGAUGAAAGAGGGUAUGAAAUGAUAGGUUUCCGAGAAAAAUGCAUGACAGGGAAUGAAGAACUGAUCAAAGAUAUAACAUCAUUCUGUGUAAAGUUCUUACCUAGCGAAAAGAAUUGUAUUCCACGUGAAUUAAGGUAUGAACUUUUCAGAUCUACAGCUAAUCAUAAACUGUACAGAAAAAAACACAAACAGUUUUGGAUGGAUUGGGCUAUAGUUGACUCCCUUCCUUAUUUGUACUUUUUACAGUACAAAACGUAUGGGCGACUGAAGAUGGCUGAAAAACAAACACAAGCUUUUAUAGAUUUUGGGAUUGCUAUUGAUACAGAGUUAGCAUUAGGACACAAGGAAACUGCAUUGAAUUUAAUUGGCCAGUGCUUUGUACAAGAAAAUAAACCCGACAUUGCCUUGGACAUGUACAUUGAAUCUUUGAAGAUAAGCAAAAUAAACAAUGCUGCAAAUGUGCAUAUUUGUAGACUUAUUUCUGCAUUAGUUAAUAAAAGUUUUCAUACUUAACAAUCGCGGAACAGAUUAAAGGAACAAAUGAAUCUUUUCAAAUCUAGAAUUAAAAAAGGUUCAAAUAAGUUCCACUGUUGCAGUAACUCAACAUAUUUCAGCUGAUUAAAUCUUGAUUUUAAAAAGUGAACUGGAAUUUCUAGUGUACAUGUAGCAGUUAAUACAGAUAAAAUUUU